UAGUGUUUCUCAUAUCUGAUAUUCCCCACUGCAAGCCGCAGCACGUCCCGUUUGGGAGGAGUCCCUCCGCCGCAUGUAGACCCGACUGAACGGAAGCAGUUCCUCAGUCAGUCUGCUGGUAUUCUCACAGGCUGCAGACACUUCCUCGCGUCUUCAGCAUUCACAGGUAUCUCGCUCCUUUUACUCGCCACAACAAGUCACCUGGAUUAAAAAAAAAAAAAAAAACCACACACAACAAAACUAAGAAAAGAAGACAAACAUCUUUUUUUACUCGACGUGCGCGCCACUCGAUGUGAAAGAGACAGAAAGAGGAAAAGGAGAGCAGACCAAACACAAGAGACAUGGGAGCGUUCAGAGUGCUGCUGGGGAGUUUACAUUACAUGGGACUCUACAUGCAACUUAGUGUCUCCACGAGGCAAGCCGGACACGGCGAGAUAGAGAACCACAUCUCCGGGAACGCCAUGUUCACAGAGGUGCCACAUGAUAUGACUGCUCAGAGAGGUCAGGAUGUGGAGAUGGCGUGCUCCUUCAGAGGGGCGGGAACUCCCUCGUAUUCCCUGGAGAUCCAGUGGUGGUACAUCAGGAACCAUUUGGACUGGACGGACAGACAGCCGUGGACAACCAAUGAAGUGGCUCCUGAGGAAGAGAUGCCAAAGGAUGCUACAAAGAUAAGUGUUGUGAAGGUUGUAGGGAGCAACAUCUCCCAUAAACUCCGCCUCUCCCGGGUCAAGCCAUCUGAUGAGGGAACCUACGAAUGCCGCGUCAUUGACUUCAGCGACGACGCCGGUGCCCGCCACCACCGUGUCAGAGCGUACCUGCAGGUGGUGCCAGAAAGCGACAUCAUCAACAGCAAUGACAACUUCGAGGCCCUGGACGACACUAAGGGAGGAGUGGCCUUUGAUGACGGGGGUGACGCAGGGUCUCACAUCGGGGCCAAAGAGCACGCUCACGGCCAUCACCAGAAUCACGGGCACCACCAGGAGCACGCCAAGCGGCCUUCAUCACCGGCCCACCACGGCCACAGCCACAGCGGCAGCAGCAGUCAGCAGCACAAGGCAGGCAGAGAGCUGAGGAAGAGGGACGUGGACAGUAACCACAGCCACAAUGACUGCACCAACGAGCCCAGCUGCACGCUGUAGAUGUUGGCUUACGACAUCUAAGCGAUAGAUUACACAAGGAUUGCAUAACAUGAUGUGUGUCACAGCAUAAAAAGCUAUUCUUCCCAUGCAGUGUAGGCAGUGGGCGUGUGCACAAAUCCAGAAUCAUUAGAAAUGUACAGUACGGCUUGUUGAGAGCACAGCGCUGUAAACUGUGCUGGGGAGUGUAGCUUUUUCUCACUGUGCACGGGUCUGGUUUGGACUGCUCACUGUCUGUAAAGCCUGGCUUCACGUCAUUCAGCGAGGGGGGCUGAUGUGCACAUCUAAGCAGCUCUACUGUUUCUGGUCUCAGCACUGACAAAAAAAAAGAAAAGACUUAAUAUCAACCCAUGCUCUGUUCUUGUACUUUAGAUACUGUAAAUGACACAAUCCCGCUUUCAGGCUCACACUUCUUCCACUGCCUUACUCUCUCAUUCCAUGCACCCUCAGACAAAAGGUAUAUCUGUUGUAACUAGGUCUUUGCCCAGUAAAAGAAAAUGUUCCUUUUAUUCUGAGAGUGCACUGAAUGAAACGUCAGUAAUUCUUCCCUGGAAAUCUCGUCGAGUCGAGCUUUUUUUUUAUCAAGAGCACUAGCUUCUUUGCAUCUUUUUGUGUGCCCAUAUAAUGCACAUGAAUAUGGAGCAAAAAUCUGUAUGCACCCAAAAUUCAGCUAUUCUGUGUUUACUCACGGGGGGGGGCAUGCUUUCUCCAGCAGAAACAAUCAAGGUCCCAGAGCAGCAGUGCUCAUCAAGGACACAUACGGCCUCAAUUCAUCUGGAGGAAAUACUGUGGAUAAAUUUCUUCCCUAUUUGUGCACAAGUCAAACAAAGCAACACCACAAGCUGUAUAUCCCCCCCCCGCAGCACUUUUGAGCUUAUGAAUUUGCAGCCAAACAAAAAAAAGUGAUUUUUGUUCACCCUCCAUAUGCUGCAGGUUCAAUCCAUUCAUGGCUGUUCAGGCUGAGAGGAAUCAAUCGUGUUGUUCCAUGUGGAGCCCACCUGUUUGGAAAGCCAUGAAAAGACCAAAAUCUGUGCCACUAAAUUAAAAAUCUGACUCGGUGUGCCUCUUAAUCCACCCAGUGACUAAAAAUCAAUGGAAGAAAUGUGAUCUUGGUGCAAGAAACUUUUUUGGGAAGAGCAGUGCUGUACUCCUAUCCCCAGCUUAGUUUCCCUUAUUCCGAUGCUCUGACCCAGUGCUCAUCAAUCAUUUAAAAAAGCCUCAAUCCUCUCCACUACAAGCCUCUAAUCCUCUCUGUAUAUAUGACUGUAUAAUAUGGAAUACAGUGAGUGCAUGUUCAGUAAUUUUCUUAAAAACUUUUUCAACCAACCAUACACAAAGAUAGUGUGUUAAGGAUGUUUUUCUCAUUUAUUUAUUCGGUUAAUUGUCCAUUUUGUUCAGAAUAUUUUUUUCUACUUUACAAGUCCUGUCAAAUAGUUUUGCGUUGCUUUACUGCUCUCCAGAAGUGCUGUACAGACAGAUGAAUGACAUAUUCUCUUCAUAGCUGCUCAGAAAGGGGUUCCCCUUAUGUAUCUUAGUACUUAAGCAGUGUUUCUUAAACUACUGUACUUUAUGUGCAGGGCCGCAAACAUGAGUGUUGCUGUGUUUUAAAUGAGCUUGGACGUGGGAUUCAUUUUGUGCAGUUUGGGACUUUGGGUCUAAAAAGAUUUGAGUGGUCAUUUUACUUCUGCCACUUGAUAAUCUCUUGCUUAGAUGCUUGUAAAAGGGAAAUGUUAAGGAAAUACUGAAAUUGGCCAUCCAUGCUGCCUCAACAUAUAGUCUGUCUCAAGGCCUUGUGGGGCUUCACUUCUCUGUAUUAUCAAUUAGAAGAACUACAGAGCUCCUGUUCAUACCCCUUUUCCACCAAAAUGGACCUGCUUCUGUUCUGGUUCCCGCACCUAAUUUUGAUAUGUUCAGAGCAUUUCGACAAGAAACACUGGUUCAGAAUCAGAAAAGUUGGUUCUCAGCUGGAGCAUUGUGAUGUCACAGUGACCUUGACCUUUGGCCUUGUGGAUCUAAAUUGUUAUCACUUAAUAAUUUUAUCCUUUUACACCUUUGUAUAAAAUUUUGUCAUAAUUAGCGUAUGAAUUCUUGAUUAAUGGCCAAAAGCAUGGUUUGUGAGGUCACAGUAAACCCUCUACCACCAAAUUCCAAUCAGUUCAUUCUUGUGUCCAAGUGGAUGCCUGUGCCAAAUUUGAAGAAAUUCUCUCAAGGUGUUGUUAAGAUAUCACUUUCACAAUAACUGACAUAUCCAAUGUCAACGUGACCUUGACCUUUGACCACCAAAGUCUAAUCAUUUGUGCCAAAUUUGAAAAAAAUCCUCAAUAAAUUCUUCUGGUAUGUUGAAUGAGACAAACAAGCUCACAGCGACCUUGAUCUUUGACCACUGAAAAUAUAAUGCCUCCAGCCACAGUUAUUGCUAUUGCAGAUGCAUUAAAAAUUGCAGGUUUUUCUUAACCUUAAGUGCAACCCGUGAUGACGUCAGUGGGCGUGUCAUAUUCUACAGGUUGUAAAGGAGGAUGGAGAAGGCAACAAUGUAGAGUGAAAAAUAGAGUGCAAAAAAUUGCGCAGUGGUCUGAUGAUUGUUUGUCCAUACUUGUUUUUCGGGGUAAAAACAAAUAUCUGCACUGACUGAAUAAAAGUUCGCAGGUAAACCUGUUGAUCACAAUGAUUUGAUUCUAAACUGGUGGCAAUGCGGGCUGGUUCACCAAAGUUCCUAGAAUCCUGAACAGAACUGGUUGAAGAGCUAAUUUGAUGGGAAAGGGGUAUUAAUGUUGGCAGUCCC